AUGAUGAACUGCCUUGGAGAGAUGGCUACGUGGUUACCGUUGCCGGGUGCUAUCCCUCAAUACUGUGCUCGCUAUGUCGACCCAGCAAUGGGUUUUGCCGUUGGCUGGAACAAUUGGAUCAGUUCAGCUCUGACUCUCUGUGCAGAGAUCUCUGCCGCUGCUGUCGUCAUUGGCUUCUGGAACGAUACCAUCAAUCAAGCCGUGUGGACAUCGAUCAUCAUCGUUAUCAUCAUCGCUUUGAACAUCUUCGCAGUGUCAAUCUACGGAGAGGCCGAGUUCAUCUUCGCAAGCGUGAAGAUCAUUACGAUCCUUGGUCUCCUAGUGCUGGCUUUCAUAAUCGCGGAGGGCGGUGUCCCAGACCAAGGUCGUCUUGGAUUCAGGUACUGGAAAGAGCCCUAUGCGGCCAUGAAGUCUUACCCCAACGUUGGCAAGGCUGGUACUGAUGUGGCACGAUUUGCUGGGUUCUUUGCAACGCUCGCAAAUGCUGCAUUCUCAUACGGAGGUGUAGAAAUGGUCGCUGUCGCAGCUGGAGAAGCUGAGAAUCCGCGCAAGAAUCUCCCCAAGGCCGUUCGCAGGGUUUUCUGGAGGAUCCUCUUCUUCUACGUGCUCGGUUCGUUGGCUAUUGGGGUUACUGUGCCCGGCAACUCUGACGCUCUGUUAAAUGGUGGUUCCGGCACCAAAUCCUCCCCCUGGGUAAUUGCAAUCGUCCAAGCUGGAAUUCCCGUGCUCCCAUCCAUCAUCAACGCCGUCAUCCUGACAUCCGCCACCUCGUCUGGUAACGCUUUUUUGUACACUGGCUCUCGAUACCUCUUCGCUCUUGCGCAGAAUAGACAGGCUCCUCAGUUCCUCCUCAAGUGCUCAAAAGCUGGAGUUCCAAUCUGGUGUGUCCUGAUCACCGCCUCGAUUUCUCUCCUUACCUACAUGACCGUCUCGACAGGGGCUGCUGCCGUCUUCGAUUGGUUCCAAACUCUCACCACCAUCAGCUCCCUCUUCACUUGGAUGUCCAUCUGCAUCGCCUACAUCCGUUUCAAAGCUGCAUUGGACGCGCAAAGUGUAGAUCGCAACACACUGGUCUUCAAAAGCAAGUUCCAGCCGUACUGUGCUUGGGGUGCCCUCAUCUUUUUUGCCAUCAUUACUAGCUUUAACGGUUUUGCCGUUUUCACGAAGAAUACCGGUCCUCAUGGCGGCUCGAACUGGAACAUCCGGGACUUUGUAACCGCUUACGUUGUGGUUCCCAUAUAUUUCGCUUUCUACCUCUUCUGGAAGGUAUUCAAGCGCACCAGGUUUGUCCAGGCAUCUGAAGCGGAUAUUUGGACCGGUAAGGCGGCGCUGGAUGCCGAGUACUGGCCAGAGCAGAUACCUAAGAAUUGGGUCGAGAAGGUGUGGUUCUGGAUUUGCUGA